AUGACGCAAAGCUUCUACUCAACUUGGAUGCCAAACAAGGAUCAAAGUACAAUAGCCAUCAAUACUGAUGAGAUUGCUCGAAAAUUAGAAGCUGCCUAUGGUAUCAAAUCAGGAUCCAUCUAUAUCAGUACUAUUGUGAUCACUAAUGGUGAAAUAAAUGUCUAUGAUCGUCGUCGUCGCCAUCAAUUUGAAAGGAAAAAGCAUGAAAUACCUACGUGUAAUCAGUUUGGAUCUGGUCGUUCAAUUGUAGAAAUAACAAUUCAUAUAAUUUAUCCAGCAAGGUGUGGCAUAUCUAUGUCUUGCAAAAAAGAAUUAGCUGAUGAUAUCCAAGCUCGUAUUAAUGCAUAUAAUUCAAGUAUUUUCCUAGAAUUCAAAUUUGAUGAUGGAAGCUUCGGUGAACUAGCUUUAACUAGAUGUAAGAAAGUCACAGAUUCAUCAUUAAACUAUUUAUUACGGCCACGGCGCGGUGCAAAACCUACUACAACAGCAAUCACGACAAAAAAAAGUGCUACAACAACCACAACUAAAAAAAGUGCUACAACAACCACAACUAAAAAAAGUACUACAACAACCACAACUAAAAAAAGUGCUACAACAACCACAACUAAAAAAAGUCCCACAACAACCACAACUAAAAAAAGUGCUACAACAACCACGGUAAAAAAAACUCCUACAACAACAACUAAGGCAAAAAAAAGUGCUACUACAACAACCAUUACACAAGGUAAACAGUUUUAUGUUCCACAAGUUUUUGUAUGUGUUGACACUAAUAGUUUCGCUAUUCAUUUUUGA